GCGGGCGCUUCCGCAGGAAGAAGGAAGCGGCGCCACCGUCGCCUCCAGGCCCUCCCUCCCCACCAGCCAGGUCCACCGGCCGCCACCAUGUCCGCCUCGGCUGUCUUCAUCCUCGAUGUCAAGGGCAAGCCCUUGAUCAGCCGCAACUACAAGGGCGAUGUGGCCAUGAGUGAGAUUGAGCACUUCAUGCCUCUGCUCAUGCAGCGGGAGGAGGAGGGCGCCCUGGCCCCACUGAUGAGCCACGGCCGGGUCCACUUCCUGUGGAUCAAAUACAGCAACCUCUACUUGGUGGCCACCACGCUGAAGAACGCCAAUGCCUCCCUCGUGUACUCCUUCCUCUACAAGACAGUGGAGGUAUUCUCUGAAUACUUCAAGGAGCUGGAGGAGGAAAGCAUUCGAGACAACUUCGUCAUCGUCUACGAGCUGCUGGAUGAGCUCAUGGACUUCGGCUUCCCACAGACCACGGACAGCAAAAUCCUGCAGGAAUACAUCACGCAGCAGGGCAACAAGCUGGAGACGGGCAAGUCACGAGUGCCACCCACUGUCACCAAUGCUGUGUCCUGGCGCUCGGAGGGCAUCAAAUACAAGAAGAACGAAGUCUUCAUCGAUGUCAUAGAGUCCAUCAACCUGCUGGUCAACGCCAACGGCAGUGUCCUGCUGAGUGAGAUCGUGGGCACCAUCAAGCUCAAAGUGUUUCUGUCGGGAAUGCCAGAGCUGAGGCUGGGCCUCAAUGACCGCGUGCUCUUCGAGCUCACUGGCCUUUCAGGGAGCAAGAACAAGUCCGUGGAACUGGAGGAUGUGAAAUUCCACCAGUGUGUGCGGCUGUCUCGCUUCGACAACGACCGUACCAUCUCCUUCAUUCCGCCCGACGGUGACUUCGAGCUCAUGUCCUACCGCCUCAGCACCCAGGUCAAGCCGCUGAUCUGGAUUGAAUCUGUCAUUGAGAAAUUCUCCCACAGCCGCGUGGAGAUCAUGGUCAAGGCCAAGGGGCAGUUUAAGAAGCAGUCGGUGGCCAACAGCGUGGAGAUAUCUGUGCCGGUACCCAGCGAUGCCGACUCCCCACGCUUCAAGACCAGCGUAGGCAGUGCCAAGUACAUGCCAGAGAAGAACGUCGUUAUCUGGAGUAUCAAGUCUUUUCCGGGGGGCAAGGAGUACCUGAUGCGCGCCCACUUUGGCCUCCCCAGUGUGGAGAAGGAGGAGGUAGAGGGCCGGCCCCCCAUCGGGGUCAAGUUUGAGAUCCCCUAUUUCACCGUCUCCGGGAUCCAGGUCCGAUACAUGAAGAUCAUCGAGAAGAGUGGUUACCAGGCCCUGCCCUGGGUCCGCUAUAUCACCCAGAGUGGCGAUUAUCAACUUCGUACCAGCUAGAAGGGAGAAGAAGUGGGGGUUUGAACACGGGCCGUCCUCUCCCCAGGCCCCGACUGCGGACUCUAGAGAGAGAGAGGGAAGAUGGGAUGCGUGCGUGCGUGCGUGCGUGUGUGUGUGUGUGUGUGUGUGUGUGUGUGUGUGUGUGUGUGUGUGACGGCAGUCCCUGAAUUAGCAGUUUCUUAAGGGCUGGCUGGCUCCCAGCCUUUUCCUUUACCCAUAGGCUGGGAGGGAUGGUCUCCCUGUCUCCAGGCUCCCGCCCCUCCCCCCUCCCAUUUUAUAUGAAGAAAUAGAAAAGGGGCUUAAGUCCCCCUCAUGAGUGCCUUCUUGCAGUGACCUGCCUUAGGAGGUGUGGGGAGGCCCUCCUCCACAGCUGCUGAGCCCAGAGGCCCGCUGGCCCAUUCUGAGUUUUCGGAUGACAUUAAAAAUGAAUCUAGCUGCUGUUAUGUGUUUCUUGGCUGGGGGCUGGGGGUGCCAGGGCUGUCCCUGAAGUGCUGGGAUAAGCGUGAGCAACACAUAUCCAUUUCUCAUCCCGAUGGUCACUCAUCUGGGCCCUCGCAGUUGCCCCCACUUUGGUUCCCAGGGCUCUGGGCUUCCCUCCCCCACGACAGCCAGUUACCAUCGUAGCCGCCAGAGGGCGCCCGUUAACUCCUAAAUCAGAUCAUGGCUCCAUUCUUUUUAAAAAGUAAAAGUCAAGCGCUCACCGCAGCCCACAGGCCUGAUCAACAUUACCCCUCCCCCUCACCUAUCUGCCCUCACCUCCUGCCCCCUCUCUCCCUCUAUACCUCACUCUUCCUGGACUUACUAGGUGUGCUCCUACCUUAGGGCCUUUACAUCCGCAGCGUCUCCACCUGGUAUGCUUUCCCCCAGAUAUCCACAUGGCUCCUUCCCUCACCUUCAGGUCUCAAAUCAAAUGUCACCUCCUCCGGGUGGCCCUCUCUGACCUCUCUCUUUCAACGGCCUUCUUUUCCCAAGAGACUAUUACUUAUCCCGUUUUGUCAGCUCCACAGUGUAUAUACCAUUCUGAAAAUAUGUAAUUAUUGUCUUCUCCAGCCCUAAACGGUAGGCGUCCUGCAGCAGGAGGCACCCAGCUUGCUCUCCACUUGGCCGCCUAGUACACAGUAGGUGCUCCGUAAAUGUUUGAAGGCCUCUGUUAAGAGCCUCCGACCGCGACUCUCGCCUCCCAGGCUCACCCACGUGGCACCUGCAGCGUGAACUUUCCUCCACGCCCUUGUACUUGCUAUGCCCCGGCUGGCCCCAUCUGAGCCGAAUGUGAUUCCUUCCUCACCCACCCCAUUUCCACGUUUUAUUUUCUUCACCGUGCUUAAGACUAUCUAAAAUUAUUUAGUUUCUUGAAUGUGCGCUCCACAGCGCCGGGUUCCUGCACACACAGAACGGUUCCUGCACACAGAGUGAAUGAAUCAAAUAAAGCGCUCAGCCCAUUAAGAGCUAAUAAAUACUUAUCGCACGGUAGAACUCCGAACAGGGCGGCCCCAGCCCUGCCUCCUUUUCCCUCGGAGGUGCCGAGGUCCCGGAGCGGCCCGCGUUGCCCUGCUCCUGACCUUUCUCCCCUGGGUCAGUUAAACCGGCCCUCUUUCCCGCCCGCCCCGAGCAUUUGAAAAACCGAAAACCCCGCCAUUGCCGGCGGUCUACCGGUCGCCGCAGUUCGUCCAAUCAGAA